CCACUGCAUAGUAUGAAAAUGGUACAUUUAUUAUUUUGUUACAAAAGGCACAGUUUAAAUUUUUCAACUUGUAAAGAAAAAUGAAGGCAAAAUAUCUAAUUGUUAUGCUUUUUAUUAUACUUAUUAAUAAUUGUCAGACAGUAAAAUCAGACGGAUCUGAUGAAGAGAAGUCUGAACAGACAGAAAAAACAGAUGAAUUGUUUGAAGAGAUGGCUGAACAGGUAACUAUUACUGAUUGUCAGACAAGACAAAACGAAUUAGAUCUGAUCGAAGCUCUAUUUGACAAUGACGUUGAAGAGGAAACUGAUCUGGUGAUAGAUGCAAUAUGGGAUAUUUCGGACAACAAGAAAAACGGAUCCAUUCCUAUUAGACGUUUGGCCCAUAACAUAUUCGGUACACACCGCGAAAACAUAUCUGGCUGGUUAAAAGAACAUCGAGGGUUAAUCUUUGUAGAUAACAAUAUAGGAAGAAUAAACCAGACCAACUUUAAAUUGUUGUUGUAUGCCACUAUAAGUCUUCCGGAGCUAAAAGAUAUUUAUAUCAAGUUGAAGAGAGCCAGGGAUGCACUUCAUUAAAUAUUGUACAGUGAUAAAUAUAAAGCAACAUUUGAAACUUUUUAAAUAUAAACACUUUAUU